UUCACCUGCACGGUUCGAAUUACCGGAAACCGAAAGUUCUGAGCCCAAUACCAGUAUAAUAUAAAGUGCGGAAAAUUAAUUUAGAUUGCAUUAAAACAAUGCAAGCGUUUCCUAUAUUUUGCCUAGUUUUGCAACUUUUGGCAAUCGUUCGAACGGAAUCGGGGGAAUUCGAGAAAUUGUUGGUUCCCGUGACCUAUGCAAAGCCGGAGCAGAAAAGUGCGAUACGGAGCAAUGAGACGGCAGGACAUUCGGUGGCUGCCCGCUCCUACUACGACGUGGGCCAAUCCACCGGACAGACAGGAUGUUCCGUGGGCACGGAAUGUACGCCUCUGCACGACUGCACUGCCCUGAUUUACGAGGUGGCCCGGAGUUGCUACUACGGCGACAAGUCACUCUACUGCGGUGGAGCCAGCGAUGAGCUGCCCUACGUCUGCUGUCCUAGCAGUCCGCUGGAGAAGAACCAGGUCUGCGGAAAAUCCCUGGUUCAGGGACACUUCUACAAGGGACUGGGCUCCUAUCCCUUUGUCGCACGCAUCGGUUUCAAACACGUUAAUACGGGUGCAUUUGCCUAUCCGUGCGCCGGGGCAGUUAUCGCCAGGCGGGUCAUCCUCACGGCGGCCCACUGUGCUUUGGCCAAGGCCGACGGACACCGACUGUCAUCGGUGCGGGUGGGCGAGUACGACACGUCCAGCGAUCCGGACUGCGCCAACACCGGAUUCUGUGCCCCGCGCUCCGUCAACCACGCCAUCAGCCAUGUGAUCGUGCAUCCCGACUACAAACAGGGCCAGUACCACCACGACAUUGCUCUGCUGGUUCUCAAAACGCCGCUAAACUAUUCGGUGGCCACACAACCGAUCUGCCUGCAGAAGACACGCGCCAACCUGGUGGUGGGAAAGCGAGCCACCAUCGCCGGCUGGGGCAAGAUGUCCACGUCGAGUGUCCGGCAGCCGGAGAUGUCGCACCUGGACGUGCCGCUGACCAGCUGGGAUCUGUGUCUCCGCAACUACGGCUCUACGGGCGCCCUGGAGUCGCCGAACUCCAUCGAGGGUCAAUGGAUGUGCGCCGGCGGAGAGGGCAAGGACGUCUGCCAGGGAUUCGGUGGAGCGCCGCUAUUCGUACAGGAGAACGGAAUCUUCUCACAGAUUGGCAUUAUGUCCUUCGGAUCGGAUAACUGCGGCGGACUACGCAUUCCGAGUGUCUACACCUCCGUGGCCCACUUUUCCGAGUGGAUUCACGACAACACGCCGCCGGAGUAGGCUGAUUGUCUUUAGCUUAGCCACUAACCUUAACUCGAUUUAAAAGAUGCAUUAUAUAAAUAAAUAUUUAA